AUGAAGUUCCCAACCCGCAGAAGGGUCUCAACCAAGGAAAAGUCUCAACCAACAGAGGGAUCCUCCCAAACCAGACGAAGUCCCAAUCAGCAGAAGGGCCUCAACCAAGAAAAAGUCUCAACCAACAGAGGGAUCCUCCCAAACCAGACGAAGUUCCCAACCAGCAGAAGGGUCUCAACCAAGGAAAAUUCUCAACCAACAGAGGGAUCCUCCCAAAUCAGACGAAAUCCCAAUCACCAGAAGGGCCUCAACCAAGAAAAAGUCUCAACCAACAGAGGGAUCCUCCCAAACCAGACGAAGUUCCCAACCAGCAGAAGGGUCUCAACCAAGGAAAAGUCUCAACCAACAGAGGGAUCCUCCCAAACCAGACGAAGUCCCAAUCAGCAGAAGGGCCUCAACCAAGAAAAAGUCUCAACCAACAGAGGGAUCCUCCCGAACCAGACAAAGUCCCAACCAGCAGAAGGGUCUCAACCAAGGAAAAGCCUCAACCAACAGAGGGAUCCUCGCAAACCAGACAAAAUCUCAACCAGCAGAAGGGUCUCAACCCAGAAAAAGUCUCAACCAACAGAGGGAUCCUCCCAAACCAGACGAAGUCCCAACCAGCAGAAGGGUCUCAACCAAGGAAAAGUCUCAACCAACAGAGGGAUCCUCCCAAAACAGACAAAAUUCCAAACAGCAGAAGGGUCUCAACCAAGGAAAAGUCUCAAACAACAGAGGGAUCCUCCCAAACCAGACGAAAUCCCAACCAGCAGAAGGGUCUCAACCAAGGAAAAGUCUCAACCAUCAGCGGGAUCCUCCCAAAUUGGACGAAGUCCCAACCAGGAGAAGGGUCUCAACCAACAGAGGGAUCCUCCCAAACCAGACGAAGUUCCCAACCAGCAGAAGGGUCUAAAUCAAGGAAAAGUGUCAACCAACAGAGAGAUCCUCCCAAACCAGACGAAGUCCCCAACCAGCAGAAGGGUCUUAACCAAAGAAAUGUCUCAACCAACAGAGGGAUCCUCCCAAACCAGACAAAAAAAUCCCAACCAGCAGAAGGGCUUCAACCAAGAAAAAAUCUCAACCAACAGAGGGAGCCUCUCAAACCAGACGAAGUUCCCAACCAACAGAAGGGUCUCAACCAAGGAAAAGUCUCAAACAACAGAGGUCUCCUCCCAAACCAGACAAGGUUCCCAACCAGCGGAAGGGUCUCAACCAAGGAAAAAUUCCAACCAACAGAGGGAUCCUCCCAAACCAGACGAAGUCCCAACUAGCAGAAGGGUCUCAACCAAGGAAAAAUCUCAACCAACAGAGGGAUCCUCCCAAACCAGACGAAGUUCCCAACCAGCAGAAGGGUCUCAACCAAAAAAAGUCUCAAACAACAGAGGUCUCCUCCCAAAUCAGACGAAGUUCGCAACCAGCAGAAGGGUCUCAACCAAUGAAAAACCUUAA